AUGAUCAAGGAACUCAAGAUGAUGGGCGAUCAAAUAUUCCUAAUAGUAACCCCCCCUAUCGGUGCAAAGGAUGCAAGCUAUGAGGAUUUUAAAAAAGUUAGAGAGUUGAUGGAAGAUGGGAAUCAUGAACUUUAUAAUGGUUGCACAAAAUAUAGAAAAUUGUCAUACAUUGUUCGUCUAUAUCAUGUAAAAGUUUUAUGUGGUGCUAUUGAUAAGACAUUUUCAAUUAUCAUUGAACUUCUAAAUGAUGCUUUUCCCUAUGCUAAACUACCGACAUCUUUCUAUGAAGCAAAAAAAAUGAUUAAGAUGUUAAGUCUAAGCUAUGAGAAAAUUCAUGCAUGUCCAAAUAAUUGCAUGUUGUAUUGGGGAUCAUUGGAGGAUGAGAAGAGAGAUAAAUGUAAGAAGUGUAAUAUGUCUAGAUGGAAAUCAAAUGAAAAUGAUGGUGGUGAAAGUCAUGUAACAGAUUUCCAAAAGAAAAAGAAGCCAAAACCCGCUAAAGUACUUCGAUACUGCCCACUUAUACCUAGGUUGAAAAGGUUAUACAUGUCUCCUAAAACAUCAAAGCUAUUGAAAUGGCAUGCUAGAGUGGCAAACCCUGAUGGAUUGUUAAGGCAUCCAAGAGAUAGUAAAGCAUGGAAAGACUUUGAUUCAUUGUAUCCAAACUUUGCUUCAGAUCCUCGUAAUGUAAGACUUGAAUUGGCUACAGAUGGUUUCAAUCCAUUCGAAACUUUAAGUUCUACUUAUAGUGUUUGGCAUGUGAUGUUGUACCUUUAUAACUACCCUCCAUGGUAUUGUAUGAAUCAAACUUCUCUUAUCAUGUCAAUGAUGAUUCCUGGCCCUAAGAUGCCUAGUAAUAGUAUUGAUCUUUACCUACAACUUUUAGUUGCAGAGUUAAAAAUAUUAUGGAAUGGUGUGGAGGCUUAUGAUUCCUCUACGAAUGAAAUGUUUCAUAUGCGUGCUAGCUUGUUUUGUACUAUUAGUGAUUUUCCUGGUCUUGAUAACUUAUCUGGGUGGAAUACACACACAUUGUUUGCUUGCCCAUCAUGUAGAUUUGAUACAGAAUCUAAAAGGUUGAAAUUUGGUAGAAAAAAUUGUUUCAUGGGGCAUCGUCGAUAUUUACCACUUGAUCACAAGUAUAAGUACAACAAACAUUCAUUUGAUGGAUCUUUGGAGUUUAGAUCUUCCCCUGCUCCAAUGUCAGGUUCGGAGGUGCUUGAACAAAUUGAGGAAUAUAGUCGCAAAAGGUCACGUGAUGAGGGUACGAGUGAGGAAUGCCCACUAUAA